UUGAACUCUCAAAAAUCAAAAUUCGAAAGCAACCCCCAGGGCUUUCGCCGAUCUACAAGCUGGAGGGAAUCACUCUUGUAAAAAAAAAAAACCAUCUUUACAUUUAAUACAAAUUUGGGGCUAGGGUUUUUUCAUUUUAAUCUUUGUUUUCACCCUCACUCUAGCUAGAAUUUUUUUUUAAAUUGAAAAAAAAUUGAAAAGUCCUCAAGAAGGCAGAUCUUUCGAAGUCUCCCGGCUCUGCUUUUUUCCUAGUGAUUUUUAAAGAUAAUUGUUAGGGUUUGGGUUUUAUUAGAUAGAAAUGUAUGCUGAUCGAGUGGAGGAGGGUGCUGGGAAAAGGUCGGUAAAGGAGCGACUCAAUGGCAACUCCUCUAAUAGCUUUAAUCCGCGGCGUCAAAUCACUGGCAAGAGACAGAGGCAAGAUGACAAGUGGGAACAUGAUCUUUACCAAGAUGUACCUAAUAUUUCGAAUCAUAAAGUUGAUGCCCAAGAUCUUCGUUCGAAGCUGCAAAGGAAAAAUCUCCAAAUUGUGUCUCAAAGCAGAAGGGGAACUCUCUCAGGUGUACAUGAUCUUCGUGAAAAAUUAUCAGGAACAAUGACUACACAGCCAAUAAAUGCUGAUCCACAGACACAGAAAGUAAAAGUUGCCCAACCAGCCAGGAAAAGUUUAGCAGUUGAAACUCCUGAACCAGAGCCCAAAAGGGCUGCAAAUACAACAGCAAGAAAGAAGGCUAAGCAGAAUGCUGAUACAUCAGUAGUGGCCUUCCUCCAGUCUUUGGGUCUCGAAAAAUAUAAAAUCACUUUUCAAGCUGAGGAAGUUGAUAUGGCUGCACUUGUACACAUGACUGAUGAGGAUCUAAAAGCUUUAGGCAUACCAAUGGGCCCAAGGAAGAAGAUAAUUCUCGAACUAGAGUCAAGGAGCUGAUAUUUGGAGUUUUAGCAACAAGUGGUUGUUGCCUGUUGAAUCUAAAGAUGUAUUAAUGGCCGAUCCUAGGAUAUUGCAAGGCCAUGUUUUGGCUGAUAAGAACCUGCAUAUGUAGCUAUUUUUUCUGGUAUUUCAUGUUCAAAUUGAUUAACAAAAUAUGCCUUAGUGAGCUUGUUAUUGAAAUCAAAGGGUGAAAUAUUGUUAGAUUG